AUGCUACAGAUUCUUAAUGCUUUAGACUACAUUCAUGAUAAAGGAUUUAUUCACAGAGAUAUCUCUCCUUAAAACAUCCUUAUUUUCGACGAUAAUACAGUCAAAAUUUGUGAUUUCGGCAUUGCAUCACAUGGAAAUUAAACUUAGAUGAAAGCUGGAAAAGAACUUUACAUGGCUCCUGAGGCAAUGUUUGGAAAUAACAAGUAUGAUAAAAUGAUUGAUAUCUGGUCGUUGGGAAUCCUGCUUUAUUUUUUAUGUGUUGGAUCUGAGAAAUACAAAGAUUCCUCAUUAGAUCAAGAUCAAUAUCGCCUGACAUAAACUUUAGAGAUGAAUCACAAUCUAAAUCUGACUGUUGAUGAUUAAAUUCAAUCUGAAUUUUCAAGGCUUGAUAAUUAACUCUCACGCUGUUAGUUUAUGCUGAAUAAUUUUAUAAAACUUAAGAAUGAGGUGAUUGGUAAAACUUAAUUGUCAACUUAAUCAACUGAAUAAAAAAUGCAUUUUACCUUAAUUGAAAAUUACAAAUAAACCUAGGAAGGGAUUUAAAAAUCUUUCACUAAGUCAGAUAACUUAAAUUAAGAAACAAAUAGGAAAACUAAAAUUUCAAAUUAAUAGAAAAAGAAAAACAAGAAUAAUAGUUAAAAGCUAGAUGUAGAAGAAGAAAAAGUUGUUCAAAAUGAUGAAGUACCCAAAAUAUAGAAUUAAGAUUAAGAGUAUAAAUAAUAAAAAAAUGGGAAUGUGAUAGAUCUUGAUGAUCUAUAGAAUGAUAUGAUACAAAAGAAUUCUACUUUAUCUCAGUCAAAGCUCAUUCAAGCAUUGGAUAAUGAUUAAAAAUAAAGUUUGCCUCAAUUUUAGUCUAAUGUGACUAAAACUUACUCAAUUAAGAACAAAAACACAGAAUUCUAUGAUAUUCUUCCUUUUAAAGGUUACAUAAUUUUAGCACCAGUAAAAAGUAAGAAGUGCUAUGUCUUGAAUUCAGAAUAAAAUUAUAAAAAAGAAUUUGAAAUUGAUGUUGAAGCUUAGCUAUUAUAUUAAUAAUCAGAUUAUUUGAUAUUUGUAAAUAAGAAUAGUAUCAGCAUUCUAAGUGGCUAGGAUUAGCUAAUUGAAAAUCAAAUAUAAAAGGAAAUAUAUCUAAAAGGUUCUAAAACAAUAAAUGAUAUUUGUUUAAUUGAAAAUGUCAAUGAAAAAGAAUUCAUUCUAGCAUUUGGCGAUUCAAACAAUGGAGUUAUAAUUGGAAAACUAAUAAUGGGAAAUGAUUUUAAUUUUGAAUUCUAAGAAAACAGAGAUAAAUCUAUGUAUACAGGAAAUUGUAGAUGCAUUAUAAGCUUGAAAAAGAAUACUAUAGCAUAAGUUAUAAAUAAUACCUAAGAUAUUUUGAUGCUCUAUGAUUUAGAGACUAAGAAAACAAAAAUUUUAAUGAAAUCAUAAGAGCCCUUCUACAUUUAUCCAUUUACCUAAUUCAAUAAAGACCAAUUAGAUGAUUAAAGCCAAGCAUUAGGUAAUUAAAAUAUAUUAAUUAGAACUUCAAAACAUAUAUAUGUGAUGAAUACUGAAACAUUAAAGAUCAAGUUCUUGAUUUCGUCAGAAAUUUCAUCUACAACUGUAAUUUCCCCCAAUAACUACAAAAUAUUCCUGACAAGCAAGAAAAAAUCGAAAGUUAAAAAGGGUGAUUAGAGAAAAUUCAAGUUGGUAGACCAGCAAUACUAUAUAAAAUCAGGGAUACUGGGAAUUAAAGUUGUCAGUGAAAUAAGAGAGAUCGAAUUUAGUAAUUGA